AUGCAGGAGUGCAAGCAGCUCGCCGCAGAUCUCGGGCUCCACUGGGUGGCGAUCUCCUCCUUCGGAAGCUUCACGGUGACCGAAGCCCAGCGACCAGCUCUGCAGCGCGGCGCUGGCAUCUGCGACACGGGGGACGUGGCUAUGCUGAUCUACACGUCCGGAUCCACCGGUGAGCCCAAGGGCAUCGUCUACGACCACCAGCAUCUCUUGCACGGUGCGUGGUUCUGGGCAGAGGAGCAUGGGAUGUCGGAGAGCUCUGUGCAGCUCUUCAAGUCUCCCUACUUCUGGGCAGUCAUGGAGUGGGAGGUCUUCCCAGCCUUGAUCAGGGGUGGCAAGCUCGUCGUCGCUAGUGCCGAUGGCCACAAGAGCCCGCAGUACAUGGCCCAAACCAUCGAGAAGUUCCACGUGGACGUGCUCAUGAUCACGCCUUCCGUCCUGGACUUGCUCCUGGACGUUGCGCAGGGCUCCUUGAGGGGUCUCCGUGUCAUCACGACCGUGGGCGAGCCGUUGACAUCGCAGCUGGCCAACCGUGUGGCAGGCCACCGUGGGCUGUCGGUGACGCUGCGGAACUUCUACGGCGCAUCCGAGAGCUCAUGCACCGUCUACACG